UCUGCCAGCACAGUUGAUGUGGCCCAACACGCUUCCGCCAACAAACAGCCGGCCGUUGGUAUUUGCUGCGAACUGUCGCCCUGUUUCAAGCGAGCAGCAUCAGCUUCUGUAAACAGGCGUGAGGUUAGCAGUUCGAGCACGCAGGCCCUUACUUUUUCACAGCAGAUGGAAAACUUCAUUCUCUACGAGCAGCUCGGAUCAGGCAAGAGCUCUGUUGUUUAUAAAGGAAGACGGAAGGGGAGUCUCAGUUAUGUGGCCAUUAUCUGCACCAACAAAGCCAAGAGACCUGAGAUCUCUAACCAUGUACGUCUCAGCCAUGAUCUGGAUCAUCCAAACAUUAUAUGCUUCUAUGAGUGGUAUGAAAGCAGCAACCACCUCUGGUUGGUAGUAGAGCUCUGCACAGGUGGUUCCUUGGAGUCUGUGAUUGGUCAGGAUGGAUGCCUGCCAGAGGAUGUCGUGAGGACAUUUGGAUGGGACUUGGUCAAAGGACUGAAAUAUGUCCAUGAAUUGGGAAUCAUUUUCUCUGACUUGACGCCUGCUAAGAUCUUACUGGAUGGUAGUGGCAUCCUGAAAUUUGGUAACUUCUGUCUGUCCAAGUUGGAGGGAGAGACACUGGAAGAUUUCUUCACCCUGUUUGUUUCAUCUGAAGACGCAGAAAAGGGAGAUGCCGAGAUGAACUUCAGCAACAUGACGAAAAGAUUACAAGGUUCUCUAAUGUACACUGCACCAGAGGUUUUGCAAGGAUCAGAAAACAAUAUGAGCUCUGAUCUGUGGGCUCUAGGAUGUAUGCUUUACUACAUGUACACUGGGAAACCUCCAUUCUACUCUGAUAGUAACAAUGAGCUGAUAGAGAUGAUAGUGUGUCAAGAACCACCUCCUCUCAGACAGAGGGGUAAUACUGCGCACACACACACAGCUCAAAUAGAUACAGUCUUCCGAGUGAAGAAUUCCAGAAUCUCCUCAAAGCCCUGCUCAACAAAAACCCGGGGAAAAGGUGUAAACCAUUUACUAAUGCUAUUUGUUGAACCAGGAGCAUAUCUGUUCAGGAUUGACUGGCCAGAGUUGCUAGACCAUCCUUUCUGGGCUUCAGUAGUGAAGGAGGAGAUUGAUGUGGCAGAGGAUGAUGGAGGGCAUCUGAUGGAAGAUAACAGUUGUGAGAGAGUUGGUCCUGCUAGCUGGAGACACACAGGGAAUCCCUUAUGUCCAGCACAGGCAGAGGAGCAGCCCGACAGCCAUGCUGCCAUCACCCAGCCAGGCCAUGAGACUUGUCUGAAAGUAUUCUCAUCACUGACAACACCUGAAACAACUCACACAAGGAAUGAUAACCACCGAGCUGUCAGAUACACUAACUGUGGAGCUUUAAGGAACAGUCAGGAAAAGGCAGAAGAUGACUCUGAGCUAACUCGAGCCAAGAAAAUAAAUCACACACUGCAGCCCCAUAAAUCAUUCACAAUAGAUAAUAUGUCAGAGCUUAGGCCAAAGAGUGGUGUGGAUGAGGACAACACGGAGGCUAUUUUUCUGCUCAGCUCUUGUGCUAACUCAAGAAGGAGCUGCAGUGCCUUAGACUCUCUGGACCACAGCCCUUUACCUCAGGCAAGUAUGGGCACUGAUGUUGCAGCUAGUGUAAAAUGUCUUCUCCAUACUGACUCUGACCUGACUGUCACUCCAAUCAUGGACAAUCCCAAGAUUCUGAGGAGUCUUCCUGUGCGAUUUGAUCCUAAAACCCUUUGUGUUCCAGCACAUUCAGUUGAGAAGCUGCACUCUUUAAGCGAUGAAGGCUGGACUAACUUCCGGUCACAGCUUUGUUCCUCCCUUGAAGAACAGAAUCGCUCCACUCAUCUGGUCUGCUCCUCCACUGCUACCGCUACUGCUCCUCCUCCUUCCUCAGCUGCCCGCUCCAAACUGAACCUGUUAUGUUACCUCUGCUGUGUGGCUGGAAACGAACUUGUUGCUAACAAGCUGAUUAACUCAAAUCUGCUGUCAGUGUUGAUCCAACAGUUACGACAAGCUCCUAACUGGGAUGUACGGAGCAAGGUCCUCAGAGUGAUGGGUCUGCUGGCUCUGCACUGUACUAAACUUGGGGAGGAGAGUCCUGUUUCUGAGGCUGUGUUGACAAUGACGGAGUUGUUGAGGGACAAUCAGAGGAAUCAUAAAGUGAAGCAUUAUCUGCUGCCACCACUUGGGCAGUUCCUCUAUCUAAUUGCAUCUCAGGAAGAGAAGAGAGGCUCCCCAGAGGGACUGUGGUUCGUUCCCGCUGCCGCCUACACUGGCUUAAUGAGGAGCCUGCGGGAAGGGGACGACCCCGUAGUUCAUCACAUGGUUGCACAUACCAUAGAGAACCUCUCAACCAUCGUUUCUGUGUCAUCCCACCACCUGUUUACAUCAGAGAUGGGCUCCGCCCUGUGGUUCCUGUUCACUCACUCCACUGUGGAGGCCGUCAGGGUCACUGCCGUCUCGUCUCUUUCUAGGCUAACCCGUGUGGUCCCUGCAGUCUUCUUGGCAGUGAUUGACACAUGUGGCCCUGCGGCCAUCUUGGAGGGUGUGGGUGGAGCAGGGGCCAGGGUCCAGCAGCACUUGCUCACUGCUAUAGCCACUGCCUUAGUUACUUCACGCAUUCAAACUCAUCACUUCACACAGACCAAGGACUUGGUGUUGAAGGUGCUGCACUGUCUUGAGAGUCCAUCCAAAGUAACAAGAGCCAAAGCAAUACUGCUACUGCUGCUACUAAUACAGGACAACUCACAGAUAUUGCUGUACUGCUGUCAACACAGAAUUGUCAUGUACCUAGAGAGAGACCUGUGCAGGGCCACACCUCUCAAAGCAAACCCCAGCCAGUCAGGAUACCUGUCUCAGUGUCUGGACUUACUGAUUGGACAUCUGUGUAGCACUGCACCACUCAUACUGGGUGAUGUCUUAGGUGCAUUGAGAGACGUGAUUGGGAGAAGACACCCAUCUACAGCUCAGAGCAGACAGCUUAAACUCACCUUACCCACACUUUCUCUAGUGCUGGAACUUAUUUCAUCACAGGUUUUUCGGUCUAAAGUUGUUACUGAAGACUUUCUGGCUCAAACUGGAUUGCUCCUUAACUAUGUCUCUUCCAUAGAGUCCAAUGAAACAAACCUGGCCAGUGCUGUGGGUGCAGCAGUAUGUGAGGAGCUGAUCAGGACAAGUCUGUCCAUUGUGAAAGUCCUGAGUCAGCAUCAGGCUGUCAUCACCCCACAUCAUAAUGCUGUUGUGGAUGCCAUCCUGCCUCCUCUGACAACGCUGGCUUUCAGCAGAAAUGUGGAGUGGUCUGUCUUUGUUUUGCGGGUGCUGUCUGAACUCAGUCUUGCCCUGCUAGUCGAGGAUGGUGAUGGUCCUAAAGAAGAUGAGAUGACGGAAGAAAAGAAAAAAGGAAGGGAAGCAGAAGAAACGGAUAAAGGAAAGUCUUCCAGUCAAAUAUUGGCUCUCAUCACUGAAUCCCUGCUUCCAAGGUAUGAGUCUCUUCUUGGAGCAGCAGAGCCCAUUCCACUCUACGCUCUCAAAUUGCUGGUAUCAAUGACUGAAUACAGCAAGCAAGUCUGCAGGUUGAUCAAACACAGUGGGAUCCUACCAACAGUUUUUCAGCUCAUUAUGGCCAACAUCAAUAUUGUUUCCAGUGGGAUCGUAAUCCAAAAUGCAGUUGCCUUGUUGUGUAACCUUACAGAAGAUACAACCUUAGACCUGGAGCCACUGCACCAGCAAGGCCUAAUAGAGGUGGUUGUUAAUACUCUCUCAGAAGCUGCAGUGGUCCACCAGGCUGGAGAAGAGCACGCCAUGCGGAAGACUGACCACCUUGUGUUACAAGCUCUUCUGGAACUGCUUCACAACAUAUUGAAACGGACGUCACUUGUUGUUCGCUCUGCACUCAAGAGCCAGAGGCUAUCUUGUCCAGCAGCAGAGAUGGAGGCAGCAGAGAAGCUGCUCCUGGCCAACAGACCCCUGAGCCAACUCAGCACUCACCUCAUUCACAUGCUCUUCUCUAAAAACCAAGAGGUGUGGGAGGAAUCUAUUCAGUGUCUUUCCCUGUUGGUCCAGCUGUAUGGUGGAGAGGGUCACGACUGUCUGUCACCCUCCUGCUUGAAAAGCUUCUCCCAUGUGCUGCGCACACGCAUGCACACAGAGUCCACCCGAAUACAUCGCAUCACACUCAGGAUCAUCAAACGACUGGUGCAGACGACAGACGGAUCCGUUCGGCUAGAUUGUCCUGAAUGGGCCGAGUUAGCAGGUUUGCUCCAGGAUAUAACUACAUCCAACAGGCCUCAGGGUGAUGUGAAUCAACUGGCCGCAGAUAUCCUCCAGGAGAUUUCUGGAUCAUAGAAGCCGUUUAUCUUCAAACCAUUCGCCAGUUGAAGGUCUGCAGUCUUUUAGAGUUUCCUUGUUUCAUCAGGUAACCUGUGUCUUAAUAAUCUAAAAAAUAUUUACAUUAGUUUGACUUCAGACAUCAUAUAUUUUAUUUAAUUAGUUAAACAUCAGGCAAUCCUAUCCUCAGUGUUAAGAGCCUGGACAUGGACAUAAAUAUAACAUUACACUGUAGUUGGUGACUGUUUUCCAGUGGGAUGUGAGGGAUUUUGACUUAGAGGUAUCAGAGCAUUUGCUGUCUUGUCUGCAUGACUUGUAAUGACUUCAAAUUGAAUAACUGACAGUAAUAUAUAUUACUCUGUCACUGCAGUAAUUUGACAGCUCAUUUUAAAGUCCCAUCAAGUGUCCAUCCGAGUGCAGAUGAUUACAGUGCGGGUGUUCAGUCAGACUGUCGCAUGCAGCACAACUCCGUUCUGUCUGGACACCUCCAGUCAAAGAUGGAGGCUGACUGAGUGCAGCAUGAACAACACUGUUCAAACUGACAGCUUUUCUCUUCCUCUCCUCCAUACUAACAAUAACAUACUGAAACUGCCUGUUAUCAUAAGUUAUGAUGUCAUGCAGUGACCAGGGCCACGUAGUCUAAAGCUGCUUUUCAGACAUGCUGGAGGGGCUGUGUGUGUGAACACAAAUGUCUGUCGGAAGUCUCUGGAGACUCUACUGCCAGCUCCAAAGUAAACUAUCUAGUAAAUGUCAGAAUGAGCUCAUGUGAGAACGGAGUAGGAAAACCUCAGAAGAAUCCAGUUGAUUCCUGGGUCAGUGAGUGUCUUGCUUCCUGCUUGCUCAGGCCAGUCACCACCCCAUCACCUGGAUUCUCCAGAGAUUCUCCUGCUCUUGUGAACACAGGUGUGUAUGAGAGGGAGAGAUACUUGGUCUGGCGUCUGUCCUCUAUCCAACACCAUGUCCUCUGGAAAAAAAAAAAAAAAUCUGGACACCAGUUUUAGUCACCGCUGGCUGGCUUUUACUUCUUCACUCCAGGUUCUGAUUUCAUAUGCAAAUCUGACUAAUCUCACUUAAGCCGUAGCAAACAGCUGUCUAAUAUCAACCACCAAGUCAAACCAAUUGAAUUUUUUGGACACCGUCUCACGCGAGGAAGACGGUGAACAGAGAUGGCUUCCUGCCAAACUGCGUGUCCCUGCAGGUGGACGACGUGGACACUUGUUUGACAGUGAGAUCAUCAGCUUUCCUCACCUUGCUACUCAGUUAUUUGUUGUGUGAAAGUGAGGGUCACGUCUCUGUUGUAAUGUUUUUCCUGUUACGACCUCUGCUGUCUGAUGGCCUCACUCUGCCUUCUCAUUUCACACAAUAAACAAGACUCAGUUGUAGCUGCUGUGUGUAAUCCAUUAUCCACCAUCUCUGCUAUGGAGUAUGCAAAGACGGUGGUAUUCAGGUUGAACACAUUUGGGAAGAUAAACCUUUUUUCAUGAUUUCAUGAUAUAAUUUAGGUUAAGAUGCAGUUAAAUAUUCACCGUUUCAUACAUUAAAAUGAGGAGCCUUAACAAACGAGAUACCAUAAAUUAUUAGAGCUGUUGAGUAUUCUGAAGUUACACACAUGUCGAUUAUGCCCAUCAGCUCCACAUGACCUCAGUGCAGCAGUGUCUUGCUGGCAACAUUCCCACGCUGCACACAGGAAGUGAUUCGUUUGACAUCACGAGCAAUAGUGACAAUGCAGUGCUUGUAAAAAGUUUAAGUGGAUUCUACUGCUAUAAAAACCUUGGACGUUAAUCGAUUCACUGGGAAAAAAUGCUUAUUGCAGCUGGAUAAUACUGUAGAGUGAGGGUCAUUGUUUCAGUUAUCACUGCAAAGGGGAGACAGAAGUUACUCAUUGGAUGAUAACUUAAAUACAACUUUUUCGUAUUUUUCUUUGACUGCAAUGUUUAAACCCUGGGUCAGAUUUGCUGCAUAAGGUAUAACCUAAAUAACAUUGUUUCAGACUGAUUAUCUUUUUUUUUUUUAUCCCAUCUGCAGAAAGUUUUACCUCACACUGAAACUGCAUUGUCUUGUGUCUUGCAUGCAGGUGAAAUGAGACAUGGAGACAUCCAGGUGAAAUGACAGUCCAUUUUAUUGUUUCAGAACACAGCAGGCUACAGAAACCAGCUCCUCCCACUAUCCCCACCCCUUUGUAACAUCAGACCAGUGAAAGCCCUCCUCUACCCCCAACUUUCACAGCCACACCCAUCCCUCUCAGGUCAGCUACACCCCCUUUGGAACAGCAAAGACACAUCAGUGUCCACCUUUAAAGCAAGAAAAUAGCUUGAUAUUUGGACCAUGAUUUCCAAUUCAUGUUUUUUUUUUAUACAAAAGCUACACAAUGAUACACUUGAAUCAGAAUACAAUUCAACUGAUUAACUUUAGUGUUUGAACACCAUUUAAAAUGUGAUCAGAUUCUUUACUUGGAUGGAGCAUUACCACAAAUCAAACUCACUAUCAGACUUAAAAUACAAGGGACUGCAAAAAACAAGAAAUGAGUAUCAUAAUUCAGAAUGAAAAAAAGCAAACCAGAAUCAGUUUGUACCAUUACAGACUUGAGAAAACAUAAUAAAAAAAGGUAAAACAACCAAAAGUAAAAAAAAAGUAAAACAAAAGACAUAAAGGGUUUUUGAAAAAAGAAUCAAUCAUUGAGAUCAAAAUCCAUGCGUCUUGUCAGGAUUUGAUGUCAGCCUCUUGUCAGGCAGAGAGACCAGAACAGAACCGCAUUUAAAUCUGUUUUUUGUCCCAAUGGAGUUCCCAUAGACAGGAAACUCUGCUUGCUGUUGUUGAGUCUUCUUCAGGCACUUUCUGAAAACCCCGCCUCCUCCAUAUGGGCGAAUCACAAUGCAGGUUCAUCCAGAUCACAUGAUACAGCUGAAAAAAAGAGAAGGAAUGAGUGGAAAAACCAGAGGAGAGAGGACGUAGACAGCAUGGGCUUUGGUGAAGACCUCACACAUGGAUCAGAACAACAUCACACAGCUUUGCAAUUAAAGGCAGUGUGACCAUGCAUCAGCCUCUGUGAGUAAAAUCCACUCCUCCCCCACAGCCCGUCUAGACACAUAACACCCCAACCCACUCCCACUUUUACAUCUGGACCAGUACAAGGGUUUAAUUCUUCUGAACCACCACAAGACAAAAAAAAUAAAAAAAAACUUCACCAAAAAGUGUUGACAAAUGUAAUACUAAAAAUCAUGGUACUAAUGCUCAAUUUUUUUAUUUUAAGCUGCAAUUUUUUUUAACCAUUGUUGUCCAUGCUACCAAGCAUUCAUAUAUAUUUACAUUUCAUAUAAACAAGAAUCCUAAUAAGAUUAUUAUAAACCAGAAAGUUUUGGAAUGCCUAGAAAUAUGCUGGCUCUCAGUGACUGACUGAAUUUUCAAGUCACUAAGGUGAAAUAUUAACAGGUUUGUUCACUGCGGACUUUUAUUUAAGUAAUACCGCAUAUUGUACCAUCCCUACUUACCUAGUAGAAAGUGUAGUGUAAUGUUGGUCUUGGUAUUUACAGGUCGGUAUCAAACCAGGCCAGUUGGUUGGAGUCACCGGGUGGCAGGCCCUCUAUCAGUUCCUGGGAGUGUCCCAGGUCAGGCAGCCCCUCUACAGGGGCAUAGUCCUGGCCUGGGUGGUGGCCUCCACCCAGAUCGUGGUCCAUCAUGGGCUCCAUGCCCAUUGUGUCCCCACCAUAACCCCCCGCAUGGAAGGCACGGUAGCUUGGGUCUGAGGGUUGAGGGAGGAGUGGGUGGAGGGAGAAGCAGGUGAAGCAGAGCAGUUGUUAGAAGCAUGUUAACAAACCAAGCGAUCACACAGUAGUACCAUCAUUUAACACUACAAAGCAACACGGCACACAUCCAUCCUCAAAACUAAAAAGGCUGAACUGAGUUUAGCUGAACUCAUGGCCCAAUUCACAGUAGUUUAUUUUGUUUCCAGUGGAAACAAAAAAUCCAUCUGCAGUGGUCAACAAAUAAACCAACUCUAUGAUCUCACUGUGCUGGUCAAGAGCCAGUUAAAGCUGUUAGUGAUGGAGGAAUGGAUUUGUGCAAAGCAAUAACAGCCAACACACAAACACCUUGGCUUAUUGAUCAGUUCACAGUCCUGGUCCUGGUACAUGACCAACAUUUAGAUGGCAAACUAUGACAACUAAAAAGCAGCAGCAAACCUGCAUGUAUUUUAUUUUUCCAAUUAAAAAAUAGAGCUGUAGCCUUGAUGCAAAUUGCAUAGUUUGAUUUUAAAGCAAUUCAUUGUUCAGCCAUUAUUUUCAUUUUCCAUCUGUAAUUAAAAAGUUUCAUUGACAUUCA